AUGUCUGGAGUGACAGUUGUGAGUGUGAAUGAAGGAGACGAUAGAACAGUUUCGGGGAUCAAUGGGAGAGGAAUCGCAGAGCAGCGUCCAACUCAACUUUCAUCAUUCCGUCAGCCUGACUCAAAACCACAACGUCAGUUUAUAACCGCGAAUGAUGUGCGCAAUUUGGUGUCGUCAAAUCCGGCUUCAGAUCAUAAUCAGUCAAGGAAUGAGACACCCAGUCUGACCAAUAUAUUGACGAAUCGUGAUGGUACAACGAGGCAUAAUGUUACAGACUUCGAAUAUUCCGAUUCAGACGGCUGUGCCACAAGUUUCAGUGAUCCUCCAAUUCAACCGAAAUGUUUCUAUGUCGGUGUCGUUCCUGCUUCAAUCGGAGGUGCCCUCGCCACCGUUUUUGUAACGAUUGCAAUCGCAAUUUAUCUUUUUAUCAUCCUUCAUGGACGGAGCGGACAUAAAGCUGGCCCAACGAGUUUUGGACUUAUUGGUACUGUCCUUCAUUUUGAGUCCCUCUGA